AUGCCUGACAACUUUGCUCUCAGUUCGACGACAACACAGCUGACACCCCUUGUAAAUGACUUUCAACACAAUGAUAAACAAAAUUACACCGAAUAUUUAAGGAUGACACCAAGUACCAGUACAACGUACCUUCAAAAUAAUGAUAAACCUAAGAGGUCGGAGUAUAACUUCAAAAACGAUUGGACCGCAUGUCCCGAGCAUAUUAUAAGCCCAACUAAACCUAGUGCAGAUUGUUUCACAGGCUUAUCAAAUAAUUAUCACAAUGAUUAUCCAACAAGUUUGGAGGAUAAUGCAGUAACUAUAACGACAACCAGCCUACCAUACUCAAAUUAUAUUACACACACCUACUUCACAUUGGAUGAUGUGAUUAUUCCCCGAACAAGAACUCCGUUCAAGUACUUGCCCAGCCAAAAAACAUUUACCACAGAAUCGGAUCCUGAGACGAGAUUUAUUCCAACAACUGAAAUGACAUUGGACAAUUUUGAUAUUGUUAAUUCCGAUGAUGGUUCUGAAUCUGUGGAAUAUACUAAACAAACAAUGGAACCAUUUAUACCAAUAAUGGAGACGAGAAUUGAGGAAAUAAAGAUAACUACACCAAUACCAGAAGUUACGACCGAUGUCGAACUCGAUUUGUUGGAAAAACCAAAACCUACCACAACAAAUUUGACAACACCACUGUCCACAUUAUUAUACCAAGCGCAAGAUUUGUCAAACUCUUCCAAGGAACUGUGUAAAAAUUGCCGAGACAACUUCACAAGUGUUAUGAGUCCGACAAUGGGUGGAUUAAGAUUAAAGUCAAUCAACGAUUUGCGCUUGAAGUUAAAAGAAACUUAUCAAAACAGUUUAAAGAUGGUUAACACUCACAAUGCCACUCAAAAGGUUAAUACCACUUUGGUGUUGCCUAGAACACAUAUCAGCCGAAAUCAAAAAAAAUACCGGAUAUUGACAUCUACAAAAAAGACACCAGUCCACACAUAUCCUAAAGUUACAGAGAUGGUUAAACCGAAUACUAAACGUAAUAAAACUAGUCGAAUGUACAUUCGACGCAGAAUCGUCGAAACGAACAGCACCGUAUUGGAUAAUUCAAUUAGGAAUAUAUCAAAAGAAAUUAGCACUACCAAACAACCAAAACAACGACCAAUAUCAAUAAACACUCGAUCACCAAAGAAACUUGACAAAGAACCAAGUUCAAGUGUUAAGCCAAAACUUGCCACAGAUGGAACCACAGCUGAGAAGGUUUCUGUGGGAACAGAGUCAGCAAUUAUGACAAUAUCUAGUGGAAGUCCCAAACAAGCACGCAGACCCAUAUUAAAAUUUAAACAAUAUCAACGUAAUGGAAAUAAAUUAAAUUCCUUGGACUAUGAUACGGUUGUGCCUCCACUUCCAAUUGAAGUAUACUUUAAAAAAGCCAAUCAAAAUUGAAGAUAUUAAUCCAAAAUUCUGGUGACUACCCCAAUAUUUA